UUUUCUAGUUGCUUUGCUUUCUUCAUAACCAUAAAAUUAGUUCGUUAAUGUUUCACAGGCAGCUUGCCCUCCAUCCAUCGCCAUCGCCAUCGCCAUCGCUUCCCUAUUUAUUACCUUCCUGCUUCCAGUGCAAUGCGAUUAUCAUUCCUCAACUCUUUCAACCAUGAACCCCUCCCCCACUUGUGCUGACACUCCCCAUCCAUCUAAUCUAAACAACCAACCAGAUCAUCUGCAGCAGUCUGCCGUCCCCUUAUUGCUUCACCCAUCCUACGCACGAUCAAAAUCCUUACUCUUUGAUGAACUGCGCCACUUUCGCAUCUGCCUCAAAUGGUGCGCCCUUGACCACUCCUCUUGCCUUGGCAAAUUCAUUUCCUACUCCACUUUCAUAUUCUUCGCUAUUAUUCUCCCCAUUCUCAGCUCCCUCUCUGUAAAACUCCCUCCCUCAGCUGCACUCCGUGACCCUAUAUCUUUCAACACCCUUGUCCAGUUACCCGAGUCAGGCUUAGCUCUAAUAGCUUUCUUCACUCUGUCACGUUUUUUUAGUACGUACGGUCUCCGCCAGCUCUUGUUCCUGGAUGGCCUACAGGAUGAUUCUUUGUUUGUUCGACGUGGCUACUCCAGGGAGCUCGAUAAGGCUUUUCGGUACCUAGCCUGCAUAUUGCUGCCAUCUUUCUUUGUGGAACUUGCUCAUAAAAUCAUAUUCUUCUCCACCGUCGAAAUAACACUGCCUUACAUCAGUCUAGGCGUUCCCUUAAAUUCUGUGAUGUUUCUCUUGGUGCUGGCAUCCUGGGUUUAUAGGACAGGUGUGUUCUUGUUGGUGUGCGUUCUGUUUCGGCUGACUUGUGAGCUGCAGAUACUUAGAUUUGAAGGGCUUCAUAAGUUGUUCGAGGGAUGUGAAUCGGAUGCCGGUGCCAUCUUCAAGGAGCAUUUUAGAAUUAAGAAACAGUUGUCUGGCACCAGCCACAGAUAUCGAUUCUUCAUAAUUGCUUGCUCGGUUACCAUUACCAUUACUCAACUAGGGGCAUUACUGCUGGUUCUGGCUUUCAAAUCAGAAAAAAACUUCUUCAAUUCUGGGGACAUUGUGAUUUGUUCAGUGGUUCAGCUGAGUGGCUUCUUCUUAUGCUUACUGGGAGCAGCGAGAAUCACGCAUAGAGCUCAAGGCAUUGUAUCUAUAGCAACUAGAUGGCAUAUGAUGGUAACAUCUGCAUCUUCCAGAUCAGAGCAAGGCAAAUGCCUUGUCCGGGAGACUGAUGACUCUAUACAAACCGAUGACGCUGAUCCACCAGAUAUUUUCAUCACACAGGAUGCUUCCUCUUUCCAAACAAGGCAGGCUUUUAUUGCAUAUCUGCAACACAACCAUGGGGGAAUCACGCUCUUCGGAUUCGCACUUGAUCGGGGAUUGCUGCACACGCUCUUUGCAUUUGAGUUCUCUUUGGUGCUGUGGAUUUUGAGCAAAGUGGUGGUUCUAUCUUGAGCACCGUGGUUCCAUACAUAAAUAAAAGUCAGUACAAAAACUUUCAAUAAUUCUUGGUAAUAAUCUUACAUGUUUUUCCUUUUCUUUGUAAUUUCUUUCAACCUCUCUUAUUGCCUAGACACACAGUCUAGAUUAAGAUUUUA